AUGGGCAAUGCCGGGAGCGCGACCGCGCCGGAGCAGGCGAAGAAGCUGGAGGAGGCAGACGCCGGGGGCGAGGGCGGGGCCCCGCCGUCCACCGUGCGGUUCUUCCCCGCCGCCGCGCAGCACACGGCCAGGCAGCCGCCGCCGAUUAAGCUGGAGGAGGAGGACCUGCCGCCGCCGCCGGCCACCGUCGGCGAGGGCGUGGAGGAGGACAUGGCCGCACCCCGCAACCUCUGGCAGCAAAUUGAUCCUUCUAUGAAGUCUGUUGGAAUUAAUUAUCCGUAUGUGAGAAGGCGUAAGAAGCUGCCACAUCCAGUUGAGAAAGAGAAGGGUGUAAGUUUGUGGUCAAUGAUCAAGGACAAUAUAGGAAAGGAUCUUACCAAAGUCUGUCUGCCUGUUUACUUCAAUGAACCUCUUUCAUCAUUACAAAAAUGUUUCGUGGAUCUUGAGUAUUCCUACCUUAUUGAUCGUGCAUAUGAAUGGGGCAAAAGGGGGGAUAGUCUGAUGAGGAUUCUAAGCGUUGCAGCAUUUGCUGUUUCUGGUUAUGCCUCUACGGAUGGAAGGAGUUGUAAGCCCUUCAACCCCCUUCUUGGGGAGACCUAUGAAGGAGAUUAUCCAGACAAAGGUCUUCGUUUUUUCUCAGAAAAGGUCAUUCAUCAUCCAAUGGUUGUUGCAUGCCAUUGUGAGGGAAAUGGCUGGAGAUUUUGGGCAGAUAGCAACCUAAAGAGCAAGUUCUGGGGGUGCUCCAUUCAACUUGAUCCUGUUGGUGUGUUAACACUGGAGUUUGAUGAUGGCGAAGUUUUCCAGUGGAGCAAGGUAUUAUUACCUAUGACCACUUCCAUUUACAAUAUCAUAUUGGGUAAACUGUAUUGUGAUCACUAUGGUACUAUGCGCAUUCAAGGUAAUCGUGAAUAUUCAUGUAAGCUGAAGUUCAAGGAGCAGUCAAUUAUUGAUCGCAACCCUCAUCAGGUCCAAGGUGUUAUUCAGGACCGAAGUGGUCGAACUGUUGCUACACUCUUUGGUAAAUGGGAUGAAAGCAUGCACUACGUGAUGGUUGAUUGCUUUGGAAAAGGCAAGGGAUCUGAGAAUUUUUCAGAGGCCCAUUUGUUGUGGAAAAGGAGUAAACCACCAAAGUUUCCCACUCGAUACAAUUUCACUAGCUUUGCGAUCACAUUAAAUGAGCUUACCCCUGGAUUGAAGGUGAGGGUGUUAGCUCUUGGUGCAUAUGUACAGAUGUUGUGA